AUUAUCUAAAAAACUGUUCGGAAAUAUAAACAUUAGAUAUAUCAACUGACUUACAAGUUUAUCACUAAUAGUCAAUAUAUAAAUUAUUAGUUGUCUGUUACAUAGUAAGUUGUUUACAACGGCUAAUGGUACCUCACAUCUUCGUAAGUUGUUUCCCACUCAUUUACUCUCUCUCCCUCUCUUUCUGUUUGUCUGUCUCCAUCCGCGUUAUUGUCUAAUAUGGCGUGAUUCCUACUUAGUCAAUUAUAAUAUAAAAGCUUAAGCACGAUAAUUUUAUUAGACAUUAAAUAUUUAUUGGUAAACUUAUACUGUAAUAUGAAAUUCAUCUUAGUUUUAAGCUUAUUAGUCCUUGUCACAUUAGUUUUUGUUGAAACAAGACCUGAAGAAAAUAAUGAAUUUCUACUGCGAAAAAUGUUAUCGGAUACUACUGAUAAACUCAAAGUGUUAACAUUAAAACACUUAACAAUAGUUCGUAAUAAAGUUAAAAGUUAUUUCAAAGAAGAUGGUUUAGGCGAGAAAAUAGCAGAAGUUUUAGUUAUUCUUAUUCAACGUCUCAAUAGACGCUUAGAAAAUUGUUUAGAAUCAUCUAAUUUGGAAUAAUGAAACUUACGAAAAUGUUUUAUCAUUUGGAAUGUAUUUAAAAAAAUGCAAAAAAAGAAAGAAAACAAAAAAAAGAAACAACAAACAAUCAUUAAUAUAUAUAUAUAUAUAUAUAUCUUCUUAUUAUAAACUAAAGUAAAUUAUCCAUAAUGAAGGAAUUAACAGUUAGCAACAAAGAAAAAUAAUAUAGGAACUAUUGAUAAAUCGUUUGUUAUUCUUACUUGUAUACAAUUUAAUGUUUCAAGAUUAUUAUUUAAAUGUUUAAUAAAGAGAAAUAGUUUAGCUAAAGAAUGUUAUAUAAUUAAGAAAUAUACUACCAAUAGUAGUUGAUCUCAUACGUUUGCUUAUAAACAUAUUUUUAUAUUGAAAAUUAAUAAUCAUCUAUUCAAUAAAUAAGCUAUGAUCAGUGGAGCUAAUCUGAAUCGAGUAGAGACAGGUAUCUAUCUCAGUAUAAUGGAAGAUGUUCGGGCAACUUCGUGGAUUGGUUGAGGCUAAACAUUAACACUGUUGGAUGCCGGCUCAAUGGUCUAGAGGUUAACUAGUCGAAUUCCGCGAUCGGGAUCGGGGAUGCGCACUGAUGAGUUGUCUCACAAUAGGACGAAAUGACCAUCCAGUGCUUCCAGGUUUGUAAUGGUGGUCUAACAUCAAUCGGUUCAUGAUCUCAAUCAAA